AUCAAAAAAAAUGUAUGUGAAUAUUUCGAUACAUCACAACCCUGAGAAACAAAAGAAAUUGCGAAUUUAAAGAAAAGGCGAGAGGGAGACGAUUGCAAUUGCAACGGCAGGGCCGAAACUUGGACAAAUGAAGAGCUUGGACGAAAUUAAGGCGGAGUAUCCGCUCCACUGGCACAUCUGGCACGGCGACGUGGAGCAGCUGCAGGCUGAGCUUCAAAUCGACCAGAAUGAUAAGGAAAAAAUCGAUCCGCGAGGUCGUACCCCCCUGAUGCUGGCUGUGCGAUUGGCAAAUCUUCCCUGUGUCAAGUGCCUACUAGCUGCCAAGUGCAAUGCGACCUAUGAGCACGAAGGCUGGUCAAUUGUACAGGAAGCCGUGUGCACUGGCGACGUAGACAUACUGACUGCCAUUAUCGAGGUGCGUGACCUGCAGCGGCAUGUCCAGCGCGUUACGCACGUGCCCAAGCUGCUGCAACACCUCCUGGACGCCCCCGACUUUUACAUAGAGAUGAAGUGGGAGUUCACGUCGUGGGUGCCUCUGAUGUCGCGUCUCUGCCCCAGCGACACCUACAAGGUCUACAAGCGGGGGGCGAAUGUGCGCAUCGACACUACCCUGCUAGGCUUCGACAAUAACACUUGGCAGAGGGGGAACCGCUCGUACAUCUUCAAGGGCGCCAAGGAGACGGCUACCAUGAUCGAGAUCGACCACGACACGAACGAAGUAAUGGUGGAGCAGAUGAGCAGCGAUAUCGGGGACAUUGUGGCUAUUCCCCCCGCCCUGGGCACUGUGCGAGCCCGCCUGAAUGCGCCCGUCAUCACCAACAAUAUCGAGAUGGAGAAGAUCAGUUUCGAGCGCAACAAGUGUGGCAUCUGGGGCUGGCGCAGCGAGAAGUCUGAGGCCAUCAAUGGCUACAACUGCAAGGUCUAUGGAGCCAGUAAUGUGGAGUUUGUCACAAAGACGCGCAUGGAUCAUCUGAGCGAGGAGCAAAUCAAGAACAAAACAGCACGGACGCCUCUUCACAGUUUGCUGGGAAUUGCCGACGAGGACUACGUGCCCCCCACAGACAUAGCAGCGGCACUCAAAGAGCGCACACCCUCGCCGCGUUCUGGAGAGACAGCUUCCCUCUUGGCGGACAGCGAAAGCGGUGGGCGCUCCUCACCCGCCGUUCUCCAGAGCAAUGGCAGCUCUGGCUGCGCAUCGGGCUCAAGCACGCCCAGGGCGUCAGUUACGCCAGAGGAGUACUUUAGCGACGAGGUCGAUCUACAUGGUCGGGACGUAGGCAAGCCAAAGAAUCUGAGCACAAAGGUGCAGCGCUUCAAGGCCAACCUAUGGCUGGCCGAGCAACAUCCGAUACGACUGCAGGAGCAGGUGCUUCCAAUCCUGGACCUUAUGUCUACCAUGGCCAGUCCCCACGUGUCAAAACUGAAAGACUUUAUUACCAUGCAGCUGCCAGCCGGCUUUCCGGUCAAGGUGGAGAUACCGCUCUUCCACGUCCUCAAUGCAUGUAUCACGUUCGGCAACGUGUUCGCCAUGACCACGCCAGUGGAGUACGUGGCCACCCUGGAGGAGCAGGACCGCGUCACCUGCCUGGUGGACGACCGCUGUUUCGAUAUACCCAGUCACUACACAACCCGGGGAGGCGACUCCCGGCGCCAGAUCCCAUUGGACGAGGAUGACAUGCUGCAGUACGCCAUCGAGCAGAGUCUCGUGGAAACCAGCGGUGCCUGCGGAGCCGAGGCCGAUGACAAGGUGGACAUCUGGGAGGUGCUGCGCGGCCAGAGCGUUGUUGGUUCCGACAUGCUGCCCGAGGACGACGAGCAACUGCAGCGGGUGCUACAGGAGUCGUUGCUUGGAGCCCACGCCAAUGCCAGUGGCUCACCCGCCUCCGAGGACGAUGACGAUGGGGGUUUUCGGUACGUGGACGCUGACCUGGCCAUGGCCAUGCGUCUCUCGCAGCAGGACCAAAAGAAGUACGAACUAGAGCGGCAGCGCGAGCAGGAGAUGAUCGAGCAAGCGCUCAAGCUUAGUCUGCAGGAACACUAGUAAAUCAAUCAGCAGAGUCACCAGAAGGCAAACAAUCACCACUCCGACCAAAUCAAUCACGAACUGGCACUCGCUUUUCCCUUUGUGAUGCAAUCGAUUCCAAAAUUCAAGUUAUAUUUUCUAGUGUAACACUUUCGACUAAGUUGUAUAAAUAUUAUUUAAGUUGCCUAUCUAAGUUCCUCCCCCUAGUGGAUCCUUGAUUGAAUUGUGAUACAAGGCAGCAUCAACAACAUCCGCUUGGCUUGCUCUGAUCUGCUCUCAACUCGUCCACUCGCGUCCGAACAACCACAGAAAGUCUCAGCUAUACGAUCUGUAUACCACCAGACACCUCUAUACUAUUCUAUGAUAAAUAUAUGUGUCUAUAUCGUAUAUUCAUAUGUACGAUAGAUAAGCAUUCAUAUUCACGUAUGUGUAGAGUCUAUCUGUAGAUCUUGUAGUCCGUAGUUUUUGCUAUCUAUUUAGCAUUAAGUGCGUGAACAAAUGUCACAUAUCCUCCGAAAUUUACAUUUUCCUAUUUACCUGUUUUCGUUUAGUUUGAAGAUCUUUUGCUGACACAUACACACUAUAUAUAACUGUAUUUACUAAUCAGCAUUAACACUACUUUAUACUAACAAAACACACACAUUCAUCAUUCUCUGUGCAAAUGAGUAAAAUACAUACAUACUAUGUGAAGUACAC